CAUCCCUACUUAAGCCAAGGGAGCACAGCAAGGUCUUCACACUCCCCAGAGGCAGAGGCUCCCAUCAGCACCUCAGCCAGUCCAGCAGCAUCCGCCCAGCCACAAUGCCCUUGCCCUUGGCCUUCCUGGUGACCCUGGUGGUGCUCAGCUGCAGGGCAACCUGCUCUCUGGGCUGUGAGCUGCCUCCCACCCACAGCCUGGGCAACAGAAGAGCCUUGCUCCUCCUGGGACAGAUGAGGAGAGUCUCCCUUUUCUCCUGCCUGAAGGACAGAAAGGACUUUGGAUUCCCCCAGGAGGCAUUGGAUGGAGAGCAGGUCCAGAAGGCUCAAGCCAUCGCUGUCCUCCAUGAGAUGACCAGGCAGAUCUACAGCCUCUUCAGCACAAAGACCUGGCCUGCCCCUUGGGAGAAGAGCCUUGUGGACAAACUGUGCGCUGGCCUCCAUGAGCAGCUGCAGGAGCUGAGAGCCUGCCUGAGCCGGGAGGUGGGAGAGCAGGAGCCUGCCAUGGUGCUUGAGGACUCCACACUGGCUGUGAGCAAACACUUCCGCAGGAUCUCUCUCUACCUGCAAGAGAAGAAGUUCAGCCCUUGUGCCUGGGAGGUUGUCAGGGCAGAAAUCAUGAGAUACUUUUCUUCAUCUGCAAACCUGCUAGAAAGGAUAAAGAGUGAGGAAUGA